CGCGGUGUACGACGGAGGCGCGUGACGUCAGCAGGCGUCGUGCGGGGAUUGGAAUGCUACAAUGUAACAAUCGCAACUGGAAGCUUCAGAUUAAAGUGCUGCUGGAAUGUAACGUUGUAUCAUCGGCGUCGCGAACGCGUUUCGAAUGUAACAGGGAAUAGAAAACCGGUUUGUAAUGUUUUUACGAGAGGUUCCAAAACAGCAACUGCACGCUAACAAAGACAACCAACCUUUGGAGGAUUUAUCAGAGAGAAAUAUGUGAGAAUACACGGAUUUGUGGGGAUUUAUCCGCUCGGGAAGUUAGUGACAGGGUUUUUCUGACUCACACGCACCUCAUGAGAUCCAUCACCUAUAGAUCUCUCUGACUGCUCCUGCUGUUUGUGAUUUCUCCAGGCUGGAUUAUAAGAACUCUUCUCUGAAAGUACUUUCUGAUGGUUUUCAUUGAUCCAGAACAGUCCCGAUGGCCAGCAGGGUUCAAGUGUCAUCUGUCAGGAGUUUAGAUGCUGUCUAAUGUGAACCAUGCACCGGAGAGGAGAGAGGUAGAUCCAUAAAAGGGUUUCAGGUUAAAUCGCCCACAUGCUCUGGAUGUGGGAUUGGAAUCACAAGGUGGAAGUUGAGAGCAUCAAAUCCCUGCAGGUCUGUGGAAGAUGCUGUCCAGCAGGAGUUGAGACCUUUGCAUUCAUCAGCAACCAGCUCCAUCUGGAUCUAAGGACACAUGCAGGCCAAAAAACGCUAUUUAAUUCUGUUCUCUGCAGGUGUGAGCCUCAUUCUCCUCUUUUACCUUCAGGAACCAGCUUCCAGAAGGACUCCAAACCGAGGGGAUGACCCCCAUCCACAAUGGCCCCACUUCUCAGACCUCCUACGAGCUUUUAUUCCGUGGGAUCAGACCGAAACGGAGGACUACAAUGUCCGCGCUUCUCCGAGACACAAAAGAGAUGACAACUCUGGAGCUUACAAGUGCAGAAUGGACUCCUGCUUUGAUUUCUCCUUGUGCGGGAGGAACGGCUUCAAAGUCUACGUCUAUCCUCAACAGAAAGGUGAGAAGAUCUCCGAAAGCUACCAAAACAUCUUGUCCUCCAUCGAGGGCUCCAGAUUCUACACUUCUGACCCGGGACAGGCUUGCCUCUUUGUUUUGAACCUUGACACCCUGGACCGAGACCAGCUGUCUCCUCAGUACGUCCACAACCUCAAAACUAAGAUCCAGAACCUGAAGCUGUGGAAUAACGGGAGGAACCACCUGAUCUUUAACCUGUAUUCGGGCACAUGGCCGGAUUACACAGAGGAUUUGGGGUUUGAUAUCGGACAAGCCAUGUUGGCCAAAGCCAGCAUCAGCACAGAGAACUUCAGACCCAGUUUUGACAUCUCCAUCCCCUUGUUCUCUAAAGAUCACCCCCGGACUGGAGGUGAAAGGGGGUAUUUAAAAUACAACACCAUCCCUCCCUUUAGGAAAUAUGUGCUGGUUUUUAAAGGCAAGCGCUAUCUGACUGGGAUUGGAUCUGAUACAAGGAAUGCGCUUCAUCACAUCCAUAAUGCUGAAGACGUGGUUCUCCUUACCACAUGCAAACAUGGCAAAGACUGGCAGAAGCAUAAAGAUGCUCGUUGCGACAAGGACAAUGCUGAAUAUGACAGGUACAGCUAUAAAGAAAUGCUGCAUAACUCCACUUUUUGUCUCGUGCCUCGAGGACGCCGCCUGGGCUCUUUCCGUUUCUUGGAGGCUCUACAGGCUGCAUGUGUUCCCGUCAUGCUCAGUAACGGCUGGGAGCUUCCCUUCUCAGAGAUCAUCGACUGGCGCACGGCCUCCAUCAUUGGGGAUGAGAGACUUCUUCUACAGAUUCCAUCGACGGUUCGCUCCAUCCAUCAAGACCGCAUUCUGUCUCUCCGCCAGCAGACGCAGUUCUUGUGGGAAGCGUAUUUCUCUUCUGUGGAGAAAAUUGUGCUCACUACAUUGGAGAUCAUCCAGGACCGUGUGUUGCAACAUAACGCCCACAGCAUUCUGAUGUGGAAUCGGUUGCCCGGAGAUAUAUAUGAAUUGUCUAGAUGAAAUAUAUUGAUCAUCUUCUUCACAGGUGUUAAACCACAGCAGAAGUUCACAGCCGUCAUUCACGCUGUCACGCCUCUUGUAUCUCAGUCUCAACCGAUUUUCAAGUUGCUAGUGGCUGUGGCCAAAUCACAGUACUGUGCCCAGAUCAUCGUCCUGUGGAACUGUGACAAGCCUCUCCCUGCGAAGCACCGCUGGCCCGCCACCUCUGUUCCAGUCAUCGUAAUCGAGGGCGAGAGCAAGGUGAUGAGCAGCCGAUUUCUGCCCUAUGAAAACAUCAAAACAGAUGCAGUCUUGAGUCUGGAUGAAGACACUGUGCUCUCGACUACAGAGGUGGAUUUUGCCUUUACAGUUUGGCAGAGUUUCCCAGAGAGGAUUGUGGGAUACCCUGCACGGAGCCAUUUUUGGGACUCUAACAAGGAGCGCUGGGGCUACACCUCCAAGUGGACCAAUGACUACUCCAUGGUGCUGACUGGAGCUGCUUUCUACCACAGGUAUUAUAACUACUUGUAUACACACUACCUGCCCAGCAGCUUAAAGAGUAUGGUUGACCAGCUCUCAAACUGUGAAGACAUCCUCAUGAACUUCCUGGUGUCUGCUGUCACUAAGAUGCCUCCUAUCAAGGUCACCCAAAAGAAGCAGUACAAGGAGACGAUGAUGGGACAGACGUCCCGGGCAUCACGUUGGGCAGAUCCUGACCACUUUGCCCAGCGGCAGACGUGCAUGAACAAAUUUGCCAGCUGGUUUGGCACCAUGCCCCUGGUCCAUUCGCAGAUGAGACUGGAUCCCGUUCUGUUCAAGGACCAGGUAUCGAUACUGCGCAAAAAGUACAGAGACAUCGAGAGACUCUGACGAAGCUUAGAAACCCUUUCCCUCUGAACGGGGAUAGGAAACGGCAUCCGAAAAAACCCCUGAAAAACCAGAUCAACAGGGAUAAAAACGGGGGCACGGAAACCCUCAGGGAGGGAGCGCAUCAAGAUUGGGGGAAGGUGUUGUGCUCGAUGAAGAUCCAUCUGUUAGAGGUUGCCACUAUUGAUAUAUGAAAGCAAGAGGUUUUAUUCCAGACCACAUUGACGUUUUUUGGCUGAGUAUAGCACAACACAAAGACACGCCAAUAUUGGCAGCUUUCUGUCUUCCACACCCCCUCUUAUAAUGCUUUGCCAAUGACAAUGGUGACCAUGGCAAAUUUGCCAAAGCCAGGCAGCCACACACACAUCCACAUGCAGUCAGAAUAUAGACUACCGCACGUCGGUUUAACCUCUGGAUCAGACCUCUCCAUGUUAGAUGUGCAAUAAGCCUGGCUGGAAGGGUCGCCUGCGGUCCAGCCAUGCAUGUUUAUUCAGUUCGCCUUCGACAAGCGUUACGCCCCUCUUGAAGAAGUAGGAUGACGUCCCGUGGAGAAGUCGAGCGUGCAAAACACCGUGCACAACAUCACAGUGCCUGAGCUUUCAGAUGGACCAUAUCUGGGAGCCCAAAGGGGUUUUGUAUGAAUGCAAAUACACCUUGUUCAUGCUGCUUAUAUUUGGAUUCAAAUGUAGGUGUUCCACAAAUUGGCCCAAAGUUUUUUUUUUUUUUUUUACUU